UGUCGUUGUUUAUUUACAACCUGAUAACUUCCUGUCCGUUAGCAGCUUUGUCCACAGUGAGCUAACGUUAAGUUAACUGGGUGAUUAAUCGUUUGUUUUCAAGAUGGGAUGUGAUGGCGGCACGAUUCCUAAAAGACACGAGUUGGUGAAAGGUCCCAAAAAAAUCGAGAAGGUUGACAAAAAUGCUGAGUUGGCUGCCAAAUGGAAAUACUGUGCCUUGAGCCAGGAGAAGCUCAGACGUCCCAUUAUCGCAUGUGAUCUGGGAAGGCUCUAUAACAAAGAUGCUGUCAUUGAAUAUCUUCUGGAUAAGACUGCUGAGAGACCCAAUGCUGAGGCUGUAGCUCAUAUCCGUGGGAUCAAGGAUAUAAAGGAACUGAACUUGACUGAUAACCCCGAGUGGGAGGGAGAGAGAAGGAAUACUAAAGGAGACAGAUAUGAGGACAUCCACUGUGGCAUGUUCAUUUGCCCUGUUGUUGGGUUGGAGAUGAAUGGCAAGCACAGGUUCUGUUACCUGCAGACAUGUGGCUGCGUCUUUUCUGACAGGGCCCUAAAGGAGGUCAAGACAGAAAUCUGCCACAAGUGUGGGGAAGCGUUUAAAGCUGAGGAUGUUGUUGUGCUCAACGGCACUAAGGAGGAGGUGGAGAAGCUGAGGGAGAAGAUGGAAGAGAAGAGAACCAAAGCCAAAACUAAGAAAUCAAAGAAGAGCAAGGCAACAGAAACUGCGUCUACACCAUCAGAAACAAAAGAUGACAAACAAGUGGCUGAAACCGAGAGGUCAUUACAGAAUGGUGGUGAAAGCAGCCAGUCAGAAGUGGCCGGACCCUCCGGAUCCUCCAGUUCCUCUAAAGGCACCAAGUCUUCGACAUCCUCCGCCACCAAAAGGUCCAUCCAGGAAUCAGCAGAGAAGUCAGAGGCCUUCAAAUCGCUGUUCACCACCCACAGCUCUGCCAAGCGCACUAAAGAUCAGACAUCCAACUGGGUCACCCACACCCCGUAUCACUUCUAGUAACUAUCACUCAGAGCAAACUUCACCAUUUUUAGAUUGCUCCAGAAAUCGCGACCCAUUAAAGACCCAUUACUGAUAAACCUAGUUCUACAUACCCAGCUCCCACACACACACACACACACACACACACACACACACACGACCUCUAAUAAUAACAUCAAUGUGUGGACUCAUUCCCAUUUGUUUCUUCAGUCCCCAGUAGCACAGUGUUUACAUGUUGUGAACAUUUUGUUAAUAGCUCCCCAGGCUGCUCACACUCUUUGUUUUGUAACCUUCCUCCCACAUGUAUUCCCUGCGUAUCACCGUGUUCUCAGUCACAGGUGCUCUGAGAAUUGAUGCAAGGUUGACUUAAUUAUCUCUGUCACUUUGCUGUCUCCUAGUGGACACAGUGCAUAUUUUUAAUGUUAUCUCGACAUGGUUGAAAAGGUGGUGUCU